AAACACACUUGAACUUGCAGCAACUAAUCACUUGAAGCUAGCUAGGAGCCUAGGACAUGGAGAGGCAGUACAUCCUCCUGGCCGUGGCGGUGCUGGCAAUGGGCGGCAUUGCCAUGGCACAGGCCGGCGGGGCUGUCCCUUUCACAGAGAAGGACCUAGCGACCGAGGCGAACCUGUGGAAGCUGUACGAGAAGUGGCGCGGCGUGCACACAGUGUCCCGGGAUCUCACGGAGAAGAAGGCCAAGUUUGAGGUGUUCAAGAAGAACGCCAUGUACGUGCACGAGUUCAACACGCGCAAGGACAAGCCCUACAAGCUCGGCCUCAACAGGUUCGCUGACAUGACGCUCGACGAGUUCAAGAAGAAGUACACCGGUGCCAAGACCGUCGUCCGCGAUGCCGCCAAGCCCAAGAUGACCGCCGCAGCCUCCACCAAGGUCGCCGACGGCGACGUGCCGGCCUCGUUCGACUGGAGAGACUACGGUGCCGUUACCCCUGUAAAGGACCAAGGGCAGUGCGGGAGUUGCUGGGCCUUCUCGGGCACAGAGUCCGUGGAGAGCAUCAACGCCAUCGUGACCGGGAACCUCUUGUUGCUGUCCGAGCAGCAGGUACUCGACUGCUCCGGCGCCGGCAACUGUGAAUAUGGCGGAUAUACGUCCGGCGUGUUCGAUUACGCCAUGCAGACCGGAAUUGCCUUGGACUGCAACUACCCACCCUACGAAGCCAUGGACGACCAGUGCAGGAUUGACUACAGCAAGACCCCGAUGGUGAAGAUCGACGGGUUUGAGGAGGUGCCGGCGAACAACGAGAAGGCGCUCAAGUACAGGGUGUACCUUCAGCCGGUGUCCGUCCACAUCGAGGCGAGCAACGACCUGAUGCUAUACCAGGAGGGGGUGUUCGACGGUGAGUGUGGUACGAAUCUGGACCACGCGGUGGUGGCGGUCGGCUACGGCGUGACGCAGGACGGCGUGCGCUACUGGAUCGUCAGGAACUCGUGGGGCGACUCCUGGGGUGAGGGUGGCUACAUCCGGAUGAUCCGCGACAUCGACGCCAAGGAGGGCAUAUGCGGAAUCGCUAUGUAUCCUAUCUACCCCACCAAGAACUGCCCCUGUGCUGCUACCGGAGCAGGUGCUGCUGCUCGUCCCAAACGUGCCGGUUUCGCCAAGGAUGAGCUCUGAGCUCGCCGCCGCCUGAUCGUUAGAUACACACAUGCAUGAUCUAUCAUCAUAUAUAAAGUGUAGUGUUGUCACGUUCCGUAUGCCCAAUGGCCAUAGCCUUAUAGGGGGAGGUUGAAUAAAACGGAGGUCCAUUUGUUGAUGUACAGCAUGGACUUUCGCCUUUGUUACUGUUUGAUGGCCUGAAUAUUAGUAUCCAAUAAAGGCCUACUUAGUUUUAUAAUAAAAGUUAAUUAAGGCCGAGUUAAAUGGUU